AUGGCCCAUGGAUCGUUGACAUUCAGUGAUGUGGCCAUAGGAUUCUCUCAGCAGGAGUGGGAAUGCCUGGACCCUGUUCAGAAGACUUUGUACCGGGAUGUGAUGAUGGAGAACUAUGGUAACUUGGUCUCAUUGGGCCAUUCCAUUUCUAAGCCAAAUGUAAUUACCUUACUGGAGCAAGGAAAAGAGCCCUGGAUAGUUGUGAGAGAAGAGACAAGAAGUUGGUGUACAGAUUUGGACUCAAGAUAUGAAAUAACCAGCAAUGGAAAAGCAUACAUUUGUCAAAAACGUUCAUCUCUUACUCUACCUCACAGAAUUGAUAAUGGAGAGAAACCAUAUGAAUGUAAGGAAUGUGGGAAGGCCUUUAGUCGUCAUACAGACCUAAAAGUACAUCAAGUAAUUCAUACUGGUGAGAAACCGUAUGAAUGUAAGCAAUGUGGGAAGGCCUUUAGUCGUUCUACAGAUUUAAAAGUACAUCAAGUAAUUCAUACUGGUGAGAAACCGUAUGAAUGUGAGGAAUGUGGGAAGGCUUUUAGUCGUCUUACAGACUUUAAAGUACAUAAGAGAAUUCAUACUGGUGAGAAACCCUAUGAAUGUGAACAGUGUGGGAAGGCUUUUAGUCGUGCCUCCAACCUUGCUCAACAUGCCAGAGUUCAUACUGGUGAGAAAUCCUAUGAAUGUAAGGAAUGUGGGAAAGCCUUUAGUGAUGUUGGAACACUUAAAAUACAUCAGAGAAUUCAUACUGGUGAGAAACCGUAUGAAUGUAAGGAAUGUGGGAAGGCCUUUAGUCAAGCCUCAAACCUCAUACAACAUGACAGGAUUCAUACUGGUGAAAAACCCUAUGAAUGUAAAGACUGCGGGAAGGCCUUUAGUCAUGCUUCACAUCUUGUUAGACAUGAGAGAAUUCAUACUGGUAAGAAACCCUAUGAAUGUAAGGAGUGUGGGAAGGCUUUUAGGAGUAGCCAUCAACUUACUAUACACCAUAGAUUUCAUACUGGUGAGAAACCGUAUGAAUGUGAGGCAUGUGGGAAGGCCUUUAGUGUGUAUGGACGACUUACUCGACAUCAGAGUAUUCACAGUGGUGAGAGACCUUUUGAAUGUAACAAAUGUGGGAAGUGCUUUAGGCUCAGUUCAAGCCUUAAAGUACACCAGAGUAUUCAUACUGGUGAGAAACCCUUUAGAUGCCACAAAUGUGGGAAGUCCUUUAGGCUUAGUUCAAUGCUUAAGGUACAUCACAGAAUUCACACUGGAGAGAGACUUUGUGGGAUAUAUAAACCCUAUGAAUGUAAGCAGUGUGGAAAGGCCUUUAGUGGUUCAUCCAACUUUCUGGAACAUCAGCUAAUUCAUAGUGGUGAAAAACCCUAUGAAUGCCAUGAAUGUGAGAUGAUCUUUAGUCUUAGUAUAGGUCUUAGGGAACAUCAUAGAAUUCAUACUGGGGAGAAACCCUACAAAUGUAAGGAAUGUGGAAAGGCCUUUAGUCGUGCCUCACAUCUUGUUCAACAUGAGAGAAUUCAUUCUGGGGAGAAGGCCUAUAAGUGUAAGGAAUGUGGGCCCUUUAGUCAUGCUUCAGCACUUAUUCAACAUGAGAGAAUUCGUACUGGUGAGAAACCCUAUAAAUGUGAAGAAUGUGGGAAGGCCUUUAUUAAUGGUGGAAGGCUAAGAAUGCAUCACAUAAUUAAUACUGGGGAUUCUAAGCGUGGGGAGGAACAGAAAUAA